CUCUAUCAAAAAUGGCUGAAAAUGGUUCGACUCCCCUACAACGUAGAAUAUUUCUAGCUUGUGUUCCGCGCUCGAUGUCGACAUCGCUGCUGAAAUGUCUGAGCGUUGUCGAUGAUGACCAUGUUGCAUGGUUUGAGCCUUACAUAUCCUCCUAUUUUCCACUCAUCGAGUAUAAAAAUUUGACGGGACAGAAGCUACCAGUCGACUACGAGGGGAACGAGAAAGAGUACGAAAAAGCUGCAGUUUUUAUCGAGAAUCAGGAUGUUGAUAUUGAUGUUAAUGAUCUGUCUAAUCUUCCAGGGCCGUCGUGUGAUCCUAGAAUGCUCUCAUAUCCAGAGGUCAAGAAAUGUCUCGACAACGCAUCCAACCGUCUCGUCAUCGUCAAAGACUUCGGCCUGGCCGUCGAUGGUUACUACCAAUAUCUCCCCUCAGUCGAGUCCGGAUACAAAUACGUCUUCCUGAUACGUGAUCCGCUUCCUGCUGCGAUGUCCUACCGUCGAGCGGUGGUUGCCUUCAAUAAGAAGCAUGAGGGCCUGGUGGACGAUACCACUUUCGACCUAUCGGACGACAAGUUCUAUCCGGGAGGAGGAGAGGCAUUUCGCAGACAGCAUUCGUUUUGGCGUCAUGUACAAGCGAAUAUUGAUCCGAACCCACUCGUCAUUGACUCAGACGAUCUUGUCGCGCACCCUGCGGCGUGCGUGAAGAAAAUCUGCGAGGUUACCGGAUUGGAAUACCGUGACGCGCUUCUCAAAUGGGAACCGGCAUCGUCGGGCAAGGAUUGGAUGAACUAUGCUAAUACGUCGAUGGGUCAACUUAUGAAGAGUGGACUUCUCUGCGACUUCCACACAAGAGCGAUGCAAAGCACGGGAUUUAUAGCAACAUCGAGAAAAAGAAUUGAUUAUUCAGAGGAGACAUGUAACGGACAGAGAAUCACACCAGAUGUACGCAGAAUUGUAGAGAAAGCAUUGAAAUACUAUCAAGAAAUGUAUGAAUGUAGAUUUACACCAAAUGUCUGAACUAUGAAGAGUGCAUGAUUGUUAAAAAAAGAUGGUUUCACAUCAUCGCUUCAACAGUAUAUUGAUCAGCCUUUCUUGGUCAAAGAUAUGUAGCACAUGAUUUUCUCUUUAAAGUGAUUUUAGAUGAGCCUCAAUUUUAUGAAGAAUACAUCAGUAGGAUUGGAGGGCCUCAAAAAAUACAAGGGAAAAACUGCCACGAUGUUUUUAAAAUUCAUCAUACAAAAAUUAAUUUCUUUCAGUCAAUAAUACAGCUCUCUCUCUCUUCCCUUCUUUAUACUUCUUACUCCGUCGACCUCUCUCCCCAUUAUUGCAUUUACUGCUGGUAAAUACAUGAUAUUUCUCCUUUUUUUUUCUUUAACGCUCCACACAAUCCUUCCCAAUUACAAACACAUGUACUUCAUUCUCUUUUCUUUUUUACA